UCUGGGCCUGGGGCUUGGCUGGGGGUAUCUCCUGCGUCCCGCUGGCUGGGAGGAGAUGCAGGAGAUCAUCGCUGGGGUGGAGAAGCUCAUGUUUGAUGUAGAGCGGGAUGUGGAGCACCAGCGAGGGGCCCUGCUCCUGCCCUUCCCAGGCAUGGACAAGUCGGGGGCAUCCGUGUGUGAGUUCUUCCUCCAAGGACUGUGUGCAAAGGGCCUGAUGUGUCCUUUCCGGCACAUCAGCGGGGAGAAGACGGUGGUGUGUAAGCACUGGCUGCGGGGGCUGUGCAAGAGGGGAGACCUGUGCGAGUUCUUGCACGAGUACGACAUGACCAAGAUGCCGGAGUGUUAUUUCUACUCCAAGUUCGGCGAGUGCAGCAAUAGAGAGUGCCCCUUCCUGCACGUUGAUCCAGCGUCCAGAAUUAAAGACUGUCCCUGGUACGACAGAGGGUUCUGCAAACGGGGUCCGCUGUGUAAAUACAAACACACCAGGAGGGUGAUGUGUGUCAACUACUUAGCUGGCUUCUGCCCCCAAGGACCCAAAUGCAAAUUCAUGCACCCCAAGGCAGACCUGAUGCAGUGUAACUCGGAUCUCUCCCAGGGGCUGCCAUCGCCAUCCCGGGCUGUUGAUGGCAAGAGUGUUCACGAGCAGCAGGCCCCGGAAGUCCUGUUGCUUUCUCAUCAGCCUGGGGCUAGGGCUGCCCAGUGCCAGAGGAAGAAGGCACAGGAGGCUGGUGGCUACCCCUAUGGACUGCUCCGGCCCCUUGGGCAGGUCACAUGCUUCAAGUGUGGAGAAAAGGGUCACUAUGCCAACAAAUGCAGCAAGAGUCGGCUGGGAAUCCAACUGGGGAAAUGAUUUGCGAGAGUUUCGGGGAAGAAAAUCCAGAGGAAGAUGCGGUGUUGUGAGAUAGUAUCAACGGGAGGCCAAUCAGGGCAGUUUUCUUUGAAUGUAGAGCCCAGUCAGAGCCGUCCUGCUCCAUGCAGGUUUUUUACAGCUCUGCUAGGAGAAGAGGAAGGGGGAAAUGCAGUUGCUCUAAUGUAACUGUAAAUUGGAUGUUUAUUUUCUGACCCCAUGCUGCUGGGUUGGCAGGUGGCUCAGAUCUCAGACUGGUGUGUCAGACACUGAUAAUCAUGCCAGUACUAAAACACGGUUUUUAAAAGGCACAGUAGAACAGUUGGUCUGGAUUCCGGUUAAUAUUCAGGAGACUGGUGUGUGGAGGGAUAAGAAACUGUUUCAGUAGGAGUGCAGUUGAAAGAGUAGCUAGUGGCUUCUAAACUACAGUUCAUCGCACUUAGCAGGAUGCCCUGUAUUCAAGGCAAAAUCAAAGUUAUUCCCUCUCCAGCUACCUGAGACAGUCUCCCUUGAAAAUCUCAUGCAACUUUCUGUCAAAGGCUUUUCUAAGAAAUUCUGAAAGAAGCUGACUUUUCCGUAGUUUGGAGUGGCUAGAGUACAGGCUGGGUACCAGAACUGGGUUUCAUCACGGACUCCGACUUGACGUGUGACCUUGGGCAAGUCACUUAAUAGCUGUGCGCCUCAGUUUCCCCAUCUGUAAAAUGGGGCUAACACUACCUUAGAGGGGUGUUAAGGCUUGUUAGCUGCUUUGCAAAUUAAGCCUCCAGUGGAAGACGUGAUAAAUAUUGCAUUUUAAGAGAACACAUACUAAGUCAGAGUUAAAAAAACACAGGAGAUUUAUUGUGGGGGAGAGUUAGUUCUUGGUGAAAUGUGGUUUUACUCUUGUUCUGCUUCCAAAGAGGAGGAGUUUUUUGAAUGCUUCUGUAACUUAUUUGUAAUAAAGCUUUUUGCCAACAGUUCUUCUAUCGCUCAUGAUUGCAUUACAUUUUUACAACCCCUGUCCUGGAGAGGAAACAAAAUCUUAGCCAGCUCAAGGAGGCUAGAAUCAACACUAUUCCAGUCAGUCUUGUUUGUUCUAGAAGAGUGAUGUUCUACCCAAAGGGCAGCCUAAAUAGCGAAUACUAGGGCUUGUCCUCUGCCAGCACGAGGAUGCUGCAGUGCCUCUUUACAGGUCAUUACUGAAGCAGCCCUUGACAGACUAGCAUGUUGUGUACAAAGGAGAGACAGUGCCGUGUGGAUGCCACCUUUGUGUUGCACUGGGUGUGUGAAGUGAGGUGGAGAAUGGCUCUUUCCUACCCUGACUUCCAUGCUGUCAAACCACCGGUUUGUACACUUAGCUUGUACAGUGCUUGACUUGCCAACAUCAUUAUCCUUACACAAGCCAGGCUUUGCCGAGCGUGAAGUCCGGGCCUAACUCUAUUCCCUUAGACUUUCACGCAACCCCGUGACAAGCGGCAUGCCUUGCUUAACGCUGAGCUGCAUCGAUGAGAUGUGGGACAUGGACUGGGACCAGAGGUUAUAAUGCUUCCCUCCAAGCAUCCAUAACAGGCCCCUUGUACCAUCCUAGCUUUACAAUUGAGUUGGGGGAUGGGAGCAGCUAGUCCCUCCAAACUACUGCUCUUCCUCUUAUUGGCCAGGACCCUCUGCCAAAUAUUCAAACCGGAACCUGCAAUUCAAAUGUAAAAGAUCUGGGAAACCAGGGCCUGU